UCUAUCCGUCGCUGGGCUUCGGGAGAUCGCGUGUGGGCGCGUGUUGUCGAGGAGAAAGAGAGGCGAGAGGCGAAGGGGCGGGCGCGAAGCGAGGAAAGAGAGGGGCUGUUCGAUUUCUAGGGUUUUUCUUGAGAGGGCCCCCCCGGUGGCUCCGUCCUUCGAUUCAGGUUUUGGAAUUUGCUAUUGCUUUGGGUCUUUAAUGAUUUAGGUUUUGCUUCCUGCUGUUUCGUGGAUGAAUAUGGCUCGGGUUUCGUACCUUCUCAUGUUUGGAUUUGGAUAGACGAAAUUGGAUUCGGAUAUCGAGAUACCGGGUUUUGUGGAUCCCGGUACCUAAUUAUGUUUUAGGGUUUCUUUUGAUUGAUGUGCUUUUGAGGUUUGGGUCGAUUUUGUAGGGGGGAUUUUGCCCACAAUUUAUAAGUAUAUUUGGGGUUUGGCUUCUGGUUUUGGGAGAAGCUUCGAUUAGCUUUUGCUGGUAAAGUUACAUUGCUGAAGGGUAGAAUUUUUUGUAAGUUAGGAUUUUGAUCUUUGAUAACUCGCGGUGCGAUUCUGAGGUAUUUAGGGAUUUAUAGAUUGACUUUUGCUUGUGAGAGUGGAUUGGUAAAGCAUAAAUUUUUUUAAAUCAGGAUUUUGACAUUUUCUUGGGCAGCAAGCUUGGAUUUGAGGGUUAGUUGUGGUAGUUACUUGAUUCAUUUGUGCAUAUUUGAAUGUAAACAUCGGAUGAUUAAGAGCAAUCUGAUACCGUGUAUAUUUCUCCCAGCUGACGACUGAGAACAAAGAUGCACUCAUCCUGUUGAUUUUUUUUUUUUUUAGUGAACUGCAAAAAGAAAAGACGACCAAAUUAUUUUCAGCAAAUAGAUUGCAUUCAUUGCAAAAUGGAUAAUCUUUUGUGAUCUUUUUGAAUGACUGAUGUGAACAGUUGUCUUGGAUUUACCGUAUGGCACCUACAGUUCUUUUAGAGUACACCAAAGAGAAACAGAUGAAGAGAAGUUCACAUGAUCUUUCUUUUGCUACGAAGGGGAGAAAACAGAAAUUAUCUCAAGGAUAUCGUUCUGGUUCCAUCAAUGACUACCAGCAUAACUCUGAGAAGAUUAAUGAAUCAGAAGGUUUUGGCAUCGCAAUACGUGCAGACUCCUCGGAUAAUUCUAGUGCUCCAAAGAGGAAGAAGUGCGUAAAUGCAAAUGUGGCCAGAUGCAAUGAUUUUGGUGUCCCAGUGCAGGUGAUUUCUCUGUCAAAGAUGUCUGGUUCUCAGAGAGAAGAAGUGAAAAUGAGACUAAGAUCAGAGCUAGGACAGAUUCAGUUGUUUCAGAAGCAACUGUUUUCUAGGAGUGUGACAUCCCUUGGCAUUAGCACAUCAUCUUCGUUUAAUGUCAGUGAGAAAAAACAUGAUCAGCGGAGUGGUUCCCAAAUGAAGCGUGGGAUAUCAGGAAGGUUUGAGUCUUCAAAAACGGAUGCGCCUCCACCUCCUGUGACCGAUUCAAAUUUAGUGUUGAUGAAAGAAUGUGAGGUGCUCCUCAGUCGAUUGAUGACACACCACUAUGCUUGGGUCUUCAACGAACCAGUAGAUGUAGAGAAGCUGAACAUUCCAGAUUACUACACUGUCAUUAAGCAUCCAAUGGACUUUGGCACCAUCAGCACUAAAUUAUCCUCAGAUGCCUAUCCCAGCCCACAAGGUUUUGCUGCAGAUGUGAGGCUUACUUUCACAAAUGCAAUGACCUAUAACCCACCUAGUAAUAGCGUUCAUAUCAUGGCAAAUAAGCUCAGCAAGUUCUUUGAAACUCGGUGGAAAACCAUAGAGAAAAAGUUAGCUGCAGCGGAUGCUGUUAUUAAGAAAGAAUUUCAGGUUGUUAAGCCUGAGUUUUCCUCCAGCAAGAGGAAAAUGCCUCCUACUGACGACAAUAAUCCUGUGCCUAAGAGGACAAAACCCAAGAUGACGGACGAGGAGAAACAAAGUCUGACCAGACUGUUGGAAUCGCUUUUGGCAGAUCUACCAGAUCACAUUAUUGAUUUUCUGAGACGACAGAGUGGCAAUGUAAACCAAAGCAGUGAUGAAAUAGAGAUAGAUAUUGAAUCUUUUGCCGAUGACACACUCUUUGAGUUGCAGAACCUUCUGGAUAGCCAUAUGCAAGAGAGAGAAAUGAGACACCAGGCCGAGCAAGUGAAUGAAAAUGGUGUUAGCACUUCACAGUUGCAUCCUUGCAAAGGCAAUGAUCUUGCUGACGAGGAAGUAGAUAUAUGUGGUGACGAUCCUCCCAUGUCUAGCUACCCUACUCUGGAGAUUCAAAUGGACACAAAGGCAACAAAUGUCAAUUGUAGCAGUUCAAGCAAUUCAAGUAGUGAUUCAGACUCCGAUAGUUCUAGCGAGAGCGAAUCGGAGGAUGAAGUUACCAUUCCGAAGAAUGCUAAGAAAAAUUCUGGAAAUAAGGCAGGUUCUGAUCAAGAGAAAAGUGAUGUAAUGAACCCAUUUGAUGUGAACCGACCUUCGAAUGGGUUGAAUUUCUCAGAGAAGGAUGCUGAUCCUAAACCCUUAUUGGUUGGAUCUGACGAAUGUCAAGAGGGGGAUCAUACACCAUCUGAGAGAAAAGUCUCCCCGGAAAAGCUAUAUAGAGCUGCUUUACUGAGGAGUCGUUUCGCUGAUACUAUUGUGAAAGCUCGGGAGAAAACUCUCGGUCAGUGUGAUAAGGGGGAUCCUGAAAAACUGCAGCGUGAGAGGGAGGAAAUUGAGCGUCAGCAAAGGGAAGAGAAAGCGCGGCUUCAAGCAGAAGCUAAGGCUGCUGAGGAUGCUCGUAAACGAGCUGAAGCAGCAGCUGCGGCUGAAGCUAAGCGCAAAAUAGAGCUUGAGAGAGAAGCAGCACGUCAGGCAUUGUUGAAGAUUGAGAAGACAGUGGACAUCAAUGAAGACUGUCGUAUUCUUAAAGAUCUGGAAAUGCUCGGGACAGUUCCAGCUGAAAAUGAGAAGCACACAGGUUAUUCUCUGGAUGGCAUAGGAGGCUUCAGACUUGGGGGGAGUAACCCUUUAGAGCGACUCGGGCUAUUCAUGAAAGUGGAUGAUGAAGAAGAGGAAGAGGUUGAACAUAAAAGCGCUCCUGUAAAUGAUGUCGAGGAGGGAGAGAUCGAUUGACAGUAUUCUCCUCCAUACACUGGUUUUGCUCUUGGAUCUUGUCAGAACUAAGGAUUCUGACAUCUGCAGAAGAUGAUGCAUCCCAAGUGAUUUGGCUGUCACCUUCUAGGACGCAGAGUUUGCUACCUUUUGGGGUAAUUAAUUGACGGCUAAAUGGGCGGUCAAGGUGGUCUAUUUUCUGUGGCGUACAUUCAGGUUUGGAAAUUGAGGUUUUCCACCCAGAAGAAGGAUAUGGUGUUGCGUGUAGAUCUGCUUGAUUGGUGACAAGGUGGCUGUCUAAUUAUGAUUUGUACAUAGAGGAUUGACCGAUUUGGUCCUUGUAAUCCGAACAGCUGGCAUCCUAUGCUGGGGAUCAUUACUCUGCAUCCCUUAGUGAAAUGGUGCAUGCAUGAAGUCGUCAUUCUUCUAGCUUUGUUUUCAUAAGAUAGGUUUCUUUACAUAUUCCCUCCCAACUGUACAGGGAAGCUAACGGUGUGGAAACAAUUUCCCCGAGUCUCAUUUUUUAGAUGGUUAGCAUUUUCCCGAUAUCUCAUUCUUCUGUUCUCCGCAUUAUGCCUUAUGAAUUAGCUUUUUUUGUGGAA